AUUAAGUGAAAAUUCAUCACAAAAACUACUCUAUUUUUAACUUUUUUUGCUAAGGAAUAUAGGCAUAUAUGGAUCUUGGACAACAAUCUCGUAAUUGUCAUUCUGCUCCUAGCUCAGCUUCCCUUCAUAAGAAGAUAAAACUUAGCAAACUAAGGAAGUCUGUGGCCUCUCUCUACUUUUCACAAAUCUAAACUUUCUGUGCUGAUUAUAAGCUCGAAAGAGUGUUUGGUUAUGAAAUACUCGAUUUCAAAUUUGAAAUGUAUUCCAAACAUGAUUUUUAACUCCAUCUUCUUAGAUUUCAAAUGCUCCAUCCGUUCACUUUUACUUACUCUUAGAAUUAAUUGCUUAUUCUCCUUAUUAUUUUGCAAGAUCUAAUACUAAGCAUCAUGAAUUAGUAGGGCUAGCGUGUCAGUUCCAAAUAUAACUAAGUAAAAGUGAGCGGAGGGAAUACAUUACUUUAUCAUAUCCUUUACAAUAAGUAUAAUAGCUAAACACUAAUUUAUUUGUAUCUUUAUAGCAGUAUAUUUUAACUGAAGUGAAUUUUUUUUUUAGAAAUCUAUAAUCAAAGGCCUUCAUUCUUGGGGUUUGAUCAGGUCCGUUAAUGCUGUGCGCGUCGUGCGUUUACUCAAGUCAAUGAGGCGGCUUUGCGUUGAUCCAGCUGUGAGAACCAUUUUCAUUAAUAACUAAUCAACCUGUGGAGUAUAUUGUAUGGUUAUUUUUUUAAGUUUAUGUUCCAUUCACUGAUAUAUAAUAGUAUAUACACAGUGAUGUUAUUAUUUAACUAAUUGUGGAUUAGUCUUUUGAAAUCUAGUAAAAAUAGUAUUAUCGAUCUAUAUAGAGAAAAUUUAAAUCCUUAUUUUUUAUAAAGAAGCAAUACGUACGUCUACUGUUUGCUUGUGUUUUAUUUGUGCCUUGGUGAUAAUUAAAGGGAGUAAGUACUUGCUUAAUUAUUUAGGGUUAGGAGUGUUGUAGGAUGGUUAUUGAUGGAGUUUUCUCUUGGAGUCCCACCACACCGCUGGGACAAUGGAUAUUUGAUUUUCUUAUAUGAUCUUGAAUAAUUCUUAGUAUUUGGUUUUUCUAUAUGAUGUUGAGGAAUUCUCUCUCUUGUGAGGUAACAUUUUGAUAUGAAUUAAGUCCAAAAUUCAUUUCUUGGAUAUCAGUGUCAUGCUCAUCAUAAUGUUAUUGUUUCCGGUGUUUGCCUCCUAGAUCCCCCCUCCAUUUUUAUAUUGUCCGCGAAGUUGAAGUCCAACGUAGGAACCCAAAAGGCAUUCCUAUACAUUUUCAAAAUCCAAACUAACAGCAAUUGAUUUAACUUUUGGUAUUAUGCAAAGUCUUCAGUACAACACGUGAUUCUGUCAUACUAAUAGAUUUGAUUGGAUUUAAUUUGUUCGACUACGGUCUAUGAAAAUGACAACCAGAUAAGCUUCUUCUCUUUUUGGUUUCUUUUUCCUGUGGUCCAAAAUAAAUUUAAUAAAUUUAUCAUAAAGAAAUGGACCUUGAGCCUAACUCAACCUCAAAAGCUAGCGUAUGAGAGGAGAAUUGCUCAAAACUAUAUGAGGAGACCAAGGACCCUUUAACCCACCGAUGUGGGACUCCAACAUGUUGUUUCCUGUGAACAAAUAGAUCCAGAUUUUCUCUUAUAGAAUUUAGUAUUGACAUUUUCAGAUUUAGGUUAAUAAGAUUUUUGUCUAGUUUAGUUUCUGAAUUUUUAGAUUUUAUUUUAAUUAGAAUAGUAGCUAUAUGUCUCUACUAAGUAAUAAAUAGUGGACAUGUUGAUGUGUGCCAUUUAUGUCUCUUCACAACAACUUGUUUUGCAGAAAUUCAUUGACCAGGAGAAUCUUUCUUUCUCUUUCUUUCUUUUUGUCAAUGGUUGGUUUAAUUAGGAAUGACUAAUGACUACUUUUAUAGCGUAAUAGGGCUGUGGGUGUUGAACCGGGACCUACAGAGAUUUCAACCGGCCCAAGGCAACGACAAGCUUCUCUCAUUUCAUAUUUAAUUUCAUAAGCAGUUAUUAUUGUACCUUAUGAUAGUGAGCCCCGUACAUCUUAUUCAGGAAAGCGGAGGAAAAUUUGAAUGGCGCUGAUUAUGAUCAGUAUGAAUAUUCACAGCAUUUGAAAUUAAUGUUUUCUAACAACAUUAAUGGUCCAAUAUAUACUGGGCUCCCGGUAGGUGAAGAGGGAAGUACCUUACAUCUACAUUUAAUUGACUCCCAUACUCAGAAUAUUGUUAAAUCUGGUCCUGAAGCAUCAGCAAAGGUGGAAAUAGUUGCCCUUGAGAAAGAUGAAAUCAAAACAGCUACAAGUUGGCCUGGUGGGAAAUCACUUAUUCGCGGAGAUCCACAUGUUAUCUUGAAAGAUGGAAGUGUUUCUGUAGGUCAUAUUUCAUUUAAACACACUAGAGUACCUAUGAAAAAACGUGAGCUGACACUAAGGGCGAGAGCUUUGUAUACCUACGAUAUUGGGACCAGAAUCAUGGAUGCAGUCAGUGAGCCAUUCAUUGUCAAGGAUCGUCGCUGCAUGAGCAAGAGCCUGAAGCCCCUAGCUCUUGAUGAUGAAGUCUGGAAACUGCAAACGAUUGGCAAAGGCGGUGCUUUCCAUGAUCAUUUGUUGAAGGAAAACAUUAAAACUGUCAGGGACUUCUUAACUCACUACUUUUUGAACCGUGAUAAGCUACUCAGCAUCCCUGGCAGGCGUAUGCACGCAAAGAAAUUGGAUGAAGCAGUAAAUCAGGCAAAGAGUAAGCUUGACUUGAAAAAAUACUUGUAUAAUUCUGCCCAUCCCCAGGAAAAUGUAAGAGUGGUAUUUACCGAUGUGGGAGAGUUGAUUGGACUACUCUACAAAGAGAGCCAGUUUGCGUCUGUCGAACAGCUCACCCCAACUCAAAAGGUUUUUGGAGUAGAACUGGUAAGAACAGCCUUUCAAGAUGGCCACCAGAAUUUCAAGGUAUUAGAUGAUGAUAGUUUUGAACUGUUUAGCUCUACCAGUACUCCAAAUGUUGUUUGUCCAGUGGAAGCAGCUGAUUUUGAUUGUUCUAAUGGAUUCUCUUUCGAGGCUUAUUGUCCAAUUGACAUGCAGCAGCACCCAGUGGCUAGUACAUCUUCUACUUUUAUGCCUAGCACAAGUACUGCAACAAAUAAUUAUGACUCUAUAAGCCAAAUCAAUAGCUCAGCAACUCUUACUGGUGCAUUACCAGAUUGUGCUGAUUCAUAUGAUAACGACUUCACCAACCAAAGGAUCUGGGAUUAUGAAUAUUAGAUCAUUAUUUCAUUGGUUAAUUUGGUAUAGCUUAUUAUAAGAUAAAAAGUGAUAAUUAUAAGGAGACUUGAAAAGAGUCUCAUAUUGAAAGGAUGAUUGUAAAGGUAAAUCUUUGUCAUUUUAUAUUUUCCUCCUUUACUUUUGUUAUUCCUAGUUUUUGGCAAUUAAUUUACAGAAUUAUGGAC